AUGAAUAAAGAAGAGCAAGAAGACCCACAGCAAGAGCAAAUAUCAACUGUUCAGGAAAAUGAUCCCAGGAAUUUGCAGCAACUGGGAAUGCUGUUAGUAUCUCCAGGGCUUGAUGAAGACAGAUUGAGUGAGAAAAUGAUUUCGAAGAUCAAAAAAUCCAGGGAUAUCGAAAAAAAUCAAAAAUUGCUCAUAUCUAGGCUGUCGCAAAAAGAGGAAGAUCAUAGUGGUAAGCCUCCUACCAUUACGACUUCUCCAGCAGAGAAAACCGUACCCUUUAAGUCGCUGAAUCAUUCUUUAAAGAGGAAAAGGGUACCUCCAGCGCUAAAUUUUUCCGAUAUACAAGCAUCUUCUCAUUUGCAUGGAUCUAAAAGUGCUCCACCAAACAUAACAAGAUUUCCGCAGCACAAAAAUAGCCUUAGGGUCAGAUAUAUGGGUAGGAUGGCUCCUACGAAUCAAGAUUAUCAUCCUUCAGUGGCCAAUUCAUAUAUGACAGCAACCUACCCUUAUCCAUAUACUGGACUGCCACCAGUACCAUGCUACCCAUAUUCUUCAACUCCAACACAAACGCACGCAUACGAAGGCUAUUAUUCCCCGAUGUAUCCCGGCCCCUUGUAUAAUAAUGGUAUAAUACCAGCCGACUACCAUGCAAAGAGGAAGAAGUUGGCUGGUAGAUCACCACACUUGGAAGAUUUGACAUCGAGAAAAAGAACCUUUGUCUCCAAACACCACAACGGAGACCCAAUCAUAAGUAAGACUGAUGAAGACAUUGAAUGCUCUGUCACGAAAAAUUCAUUAAGUGAGGGCGCUUCACUUAACGACGAUGCCGAUGAUGACAACGACAAAGAAAGGAUCAUUAUUGGAGAAAUCUCUCUGUAUGAUGAUGUUUUCAAAUUUGAAGUUCGCGACGACAAAAAUGACUAUAUGAAAGCAUGUGAAACAAUCUGGACUGAAUGGCAUAACUUGAAGAAAUGA